AUGGCUCUGCAUUCGUUCUGGAGACGGAUAUUCGGCCGUCGCUCAAGGAAGGGCAAGCUCGCCAAGGCCGCUUCAACGACGACGUCGACGGUCGUCAGCCCGAGGUGAGUCCGGUCCAAUUAUCGGGGCGCGAUUGCGAACCCGGUGCCCCACUCGGAACGAGACGCCGGAUGUCCCGGGCUGUCGCUAUUUCCACUGCAGUGGCUGAAAUGUUUGGCAUCGCCGUCCUACAGAUCUCGCAAGACUACGAAUGCGCUCAGCCGUUUCCGGUCGCCUCCCUCGCGGUCCGGUGCUGCGACUCUGCCUCGCGAGAUCGUCUUCUACAUCUUUGAGCUGGCGGCUGGUGAUCCGAAAUCAGGCAGCCAAGCGCUCGCCACGAUUAGCCGCCUAUGCACCGCCUUGCGCGACGACUGGGCCCUGCAGCGAUUGUAUCAUCACCCCAAUUUGCAGAACCACCGAUUGAGCCUCUUCAUCAAGACGCUCAAACGAUCGCCCUCAAUCGCGAACAGGGUCCAGCGCCUCACGCUGAAUGGUUGGGACCCCUCGGUCACGUCGGCUUCGGCUUCCGUUCAAGGAGAGCGCCGAGGGGCCAUCACCCCGAGGUUACCCCAGAUCCUUGACCUCUGCCACAAUCUCACGGACCUCGAAAUCAUCGGAAGCAUCAUCUUUUCUUUGACCGACUUUGCCAACGGUCAUGGUCAGUGAUUUUGCCAUCGUCUCUUAUCGCCGCCUUCGGCCCCGAUACACCCUCGGCGCACGGACCCCCGAAGUCCCCGGGGUCCUAGCGUCAUCAUGAUGACGAUGCGGGUCAAGGGGCCUACCGUGUCCAAGCCGAAGCACAUACUGCCAGGCCGUACUGAGUUGAUCUGUUAAUUGUCGUCACUGCUCGGCAGGACUCGUCUCUCUCACCUUGAACCAAUCCGUUCUCUCGGACCGUACGACGACGUCACGAUAUCACCCUUUUUUCACGAGCCUGCCAUCGCUCGAAUCUUUGACGCUCAAGCACUCUUUCUCGGACGUCCCCACCGCGGCCCACUUCCUCUGUCACAAUACCUUACCUGCGCUCAAAUCCCUGCACCUCGGUGUCUUCUCGACCAUUGAGGAACCCACUGCGCGCCGUACGACCGGACCGUGCGAGCCAACGGAACUCGCCCAGCAGCUCGAAUCGCUGGUUAUUCGCGACGAGCUUUUGGGCAAGGCACGCCAACUGACGCCAUCCUCGUCGACCGAGCUCAUCCACCCCGCUUUCGACUUUAUCAAAAAAUGCACCAACCUCCACGAGCUCUCGCUGCCCCUCGGAGCCGUCACUCAGGCCGUGCUUGGCAAUCUUCCGCCAAGGCUUGAGCGGUUGGAAGUCCAGUCACCGGCAACUUCGCGGACCCCUUCUCCGGAGGCCGAGCCAUUGCACAUGCUUAAAGCGGUCAACAACCUAUCCUUGACCUUCCUCCAGCUCGACGCCGAGUGUGAGUCAAGUUCAACCGUCGCGACGCCCAUGAUGGGUCGAUCCCCCAUUUCGUCCGUGUCAUCGUCCCCCUUCUCGACCUUGUUCCCGACACCCGAGCGAUCGCCAGCGAGCGAGGCGUGCGCACUAUCGCAACUCUUGACGCUCCACGUCCCAAGGUCAUGGGAGAAGUACGGAUGGGGGGUUCACCCUCAUGCGAAGGACUCGCUUCAAGGUGGUGAGCUGGACUGGUCCUUGGGGAGGGUGUGGAGGGUCUGCGAGCGACGCGGUAUCAAUGUGCGCUUCGAGGACGCAUGA